CGCCAAGCGCCAUCAACAGCCACCACACAACACCCAUACACAACCACACACUCACACACACGGACAGACACGCACGGGCAGACAUGGACCGCGCACUAACAAGCGGAGAGUACGAUGCUGAACGGCUUAUGAAGACGAGCGUUCAAGAGCUGGAAGGAAUAAAGAAAUACUUGGAGCAAGCACUCAUCCCGCUGCAACAAAAGCAAGUACGGGCAGCCCAGGACUACGACAAGUUCAUGGGGGUGGUCCACGAUGAGCUGCACAAUGUGUACUCCAACCUGAUGAACGAAGCGAAGAUGCGUAUGAAGAAAGUUGUGCACAAGAAAGCACCAGAGUAUCAGGCCGCAAAACCAAAGGCAUCCAAAUCAAAGUCGUCCUCAAAGAAGGCAUCCUCCAAAGCCGCCAGCGGAAAGAGCAAGCGUGCAAAGGUCAUAUCGGGCCAGAAGCGCAACUCAAAGUCUGGCAAGGCGCUGACGCAGACCAAGGCAGCGGAGGCGGCUGAACGAGCACAGCGGCCCAAGCUGCCGGAGCACCCGUUCUGGCAAGAAGUCGCAGAGUACUUUGCAGUGCCGACAACGGCUGACAUUGCUGCUCUUCGCGCCCUGAGCGACGAGGCCUGCGCGGACGCAGACAAGUACUUCGAGCUGCCGUCACCCGAGGGGCGGCAAGCGCGACCAAGCAACCUUCCCCGCAAUGUGCCGUCCAUCGCGCAUCGUCGCGUGCACAUCAACUCCAUUCAGCCGUCCACGCUCGCCCUCCGCCUCCUCGGGACGCUGGUGCCGGACCAGUCGAAAAAGUCACAGCCAUGCGUCUUCAAUGAAGAGGCUCUCGUCCAAUCGUUGUCGUCAUCCUCAUCACCACUGCCACCAUCCGGACCGGUGGCGCGCGAAGGGAUGCUGUGCGACGUCGCUGAAGACGCAAUGGCGUUCGAUUCUGCACUCACAGACCAGCUCUACAAACUCGGCGCCUUAGUGGAUACUGACGAUGAAGAUGAUGACGAUGACGACGACGAUGGUGAUGACGUCAUCAUGGACGUGAGCGGCGAUCCGGCUCUAUCCUCCGCAAUAUCAACAGCGCAACCAUCGCAGCAACAGCACUGCACUGAGCACAUCAAUGGCGAUACGCACGCACAUGUGUCCGCAGGAAAUAUGAGCCAUUCGGACGCGGACAAAUCAUCCACAUCGUCAUCCUCGUCAUCCUCGUCGUCUUCAUCGUCUCGCAACACAUCGCUCACGGCACACACGCGCGACCUUACGCAUACAACCACAGCUGGCGAUGGUGGUGAUGUGAAGAAUGAUGACAAUGACGACGAUGAUGACGAGCAGCAUGCGCCAAUUCACCUCCCGUCCAUUCUCCCACACGACGAGGUCACGGCGGCACUGCUGCGUGCACAGGCGGAACUGCGAGUCGAGGACGACGCUGUGUCGUCGGGGCUCCACCACCUCCUCGCCCGCGUGUCCUCUGCCGAUCUUGAGAGCGAACGGCGGCAGCUGCAGCACGAGCAGCAGCUUCACACCGUCAACACACAGGUGAGCACCGCGCUGUUCAUGUGUGCACCUUAUGCUGCCAGGCCUGUGGUACUCGCUUCCAAAGAACUUGAAAGAGCAGAUUCGGGCAACUCUCCGCCAGCAACGGCGGCUGCUGGCUGCACCGUUCCCGUCACCCUCAUCGCUAACAUCGUCAUCCUCAUCGUUGCUGUCGUCAACAGCGUCUCCGCUGCUGUCUUCAUCGAAGCCACCACUUCCGACCACUAA